AAAGACAAUAAUGAAUUCUGAAAAUGUUUUAGGGCUGUGUAUAGCGGCGGUGUUGUUAUUGGUUAUUUAAACUAGGUUUCUAGUCCCCGCAGUAAUAUAAGAGUCUUGUUUUCAGUGUAUUCCAACUAAAUCUGAUUUCGAAAGUGAUGUCCAGAUCUCCCAUAAUAUAUUCAGAAUAAAGCAUGGUUUUUCCAUAUUCUAUCUGGAUGACGAUUUUUUCACAGAAUGUAAGAAAUAUGCAGAAGUAUGUUAAGCAAGUAUCCGUUAUGUUGGGCACUUCGUGUAAUAUUGCUGACUGCCAUAUAGAAGCUUGCCAAAGAAGAGGCAUUUAAGCAUUCAGCGGCAAAUGGAACAUAUGGGGAAAAUCUAUGCUACACAACAGACUAAGCGGAAUUGUGUGGUACGACGAAGUAAAGGAUUACGACUUUGACAAUGACGAGUAUUCGCCCGCAACCAGGCACUUCACGCAACUAAUUUGGAAGGCAACCGAAUCCUUAGGCGUUGGCCAAGCUACGAGGUUAUAAUAAACAAGUUACUAGUUCGCAGUCCAAGAACGUUUUCCGAUAUGUCAUGUAGUAGAUCUCGGCGCCGAAGAUUCUCUCCUUCACAUUGCGAACGAGCAUAAAAACACAAAAUUUACCAAAUGUAUAGCUAACAAUCAAUUGCGGCUCACGUGGGAGACAUUUUGUUGUCGCUAGAAACAAGCCUGCCGGCAAUACAGAGGGAAUGUUCAAGGAAAUUGUAUCAAGGGUGCUGAGGUAUGUACGAGUUUCUUUUUUGAAGUGUACUCCAACAAAAGCUGAUUUCGAAAAUGAUAUCCUCAAACUUCAUAAUGAGUACAGGGAAAAGCAUGGUUGUCCAAGUCUCACUCUGGAUUCCGGGCUUUCCGCAGAGUGCAAGACAUAUGCCGAAGAAAUUGCCGGAAAAGAUUCCAUGAUUCAUUCAACUGGAGCAUAUGGUGAAAAUCUAUGCUACACAACAAGCGACCCAACAACGUGUGUCAAAAUGUGGUACGACGAGAUCAAAGAUUACGACUUUGACAAACCCAAGUAUUCGCCCGCAACCGGGCAUUUCACACAAGUUAUUUGGAAGGCUAGCAAAGAGUUGGGCGUUGGCCAAGCCAAGAGCGCAACUGGAAAAAAUUACGUUGUCGCUAGAUACAAGCCCGCCGGCAAUGUAGAGGGAAUGUUCAAGGAGAAUGUGCCAAGGUCAAACAGUCCUGAACACAUACUGAAAACUUCUAAAUAUAUAUCCCUAUAUUCAUGGUUAUUUCCAGCAUUGGUGUUGCAACAGUUCAAAUUCGAAUUUUUAAAUUCUCUAUGUAUAAAACUUCAUGAGCACUGGCAUUGUUUUGGCGCUGUGGAUGACAGUGCUUUUAUUGUUGUUAAAUCGGAUUUUGAAAAUGACUUUCUACUCCAGCAUAAUAAAUAUCGGGCUGAACACGGCUGUCCCAGUCUCCUACUAGACACCACAUUAAGCGAGGAGUGUAAAAAGUAUGCUGAAGUAAGUAAUUGCAAUUAUUAUAGCCUAGAUCACUCAAAUGGUGACUAUGGUGAAAAUCUCUGUUAUACGACAAAAAAUCCACUGACAUGUGUGAAAAUGUGGUACGAUGAAAUUAAGGAUUACAAAUAUGAAAGUCCCGGAUUCUCAUUGAUAACUGGACAUUUUACUCAAUUAAUUUGGAAGUCAAGCACAACUAUGGGUGUUGGCCAGAGUAGUGGUAAUCGAAAGAACUUCGUUGUCGCCAGAUAUAAGCCUCCUGGCAAUGUGGCAGGUCAGUUUAAGGAGAAUGUCCCGAGGCCGAAAAACAAUUUCAGUCCAGACUGCAAGGCAGACUGGUUUAAAUGUUGUAUAAUAUUUUCUUGGGUAUUUUUACUUUGGCUUUCAUAGGCCUAGAUAAAUGUUGGCAAAUCAAAUUGCUCGAAAACAAAGAAUUUGUGCCCGCGAAUGCAAAACUUAUUUGCAGAUAUGCGAGGUGAAUAGUUAAUCUUGAAAUUGUGUUGGAAAUAUUACUUUAAGAGCAAAGAAGCGGCAGAUAUUCCGAAGAAGCCAUGCAUUUUGUGCAACUAAUUUGGAAAUCGCCCCAAUUGUUGGGCCAAGCGACCAGGGAAACUAUACCAAACAAGAUAUAAGCCAGCUGGAAACAUUCUGGUAGAAAAUAGAUUCCCCAGCCGAUGCGACUAAUCUGCAUCCCAAUCGAGUUUAUCCGCACGUUUAAAUUCAAAUCCAGUUCAGAUUACAGGGCGUACCACCCUAUAUACUAUAUACAAAACGUAUUUGUUAUUUGGUUGUAGAGAACGAUAAGUACGAUAAAAAGUUA